UGAGGGUCUGAGGAGAUUUUUCCCAGACGGGACAGCGCCCUCUGGAGCAAGACGGCUCCAGAGAGGAGGGAUGGUUAGGGGAGCCUUAAUGGGAAAGAGGUGGGGGGGACGUUACAGACCACAGGGGAAGAAGGAGAAACUCAGUCACGGCCACAACUGCUUGUGCCAUUUGAGAGCCUAAGUACUUCCCACAGGAAGAGCUGAGCCAUACCUCACAGGGCUGUGAAGAGAAUACAGCUCAAGAACUUCCAGCAGAGAGGAGGUCAUUUCCAUGGGCAGUGGCUGGCUUGCCGUGGCUUAGAAAGGAAAAGGUCCCGAGAUCCUCCAGAAGCUUAUGUCCCUCGAUUUGGGAAUCUUGCUGGCUCCAGAACAAUGGAAAACAGAAACACCCACACACACCCAGAGAACAAGGCGGAGGCUCCAACAGUCCAAUCAAGUUCUGGCCUGAGUUCCACCAAAAAGAAGACAGAUCUGGAGGCCGCUGUCGCAGCCGGUCAGAAUGGACGUGCAGAUGCCACUGAAAGGGACAGCAGAAAGAAGCCUGCAGCUCCCAGAGGACCAGAGAAGGAACCCCGACACACAGCGUCAUCCCAGGAGAGGUCAGGGGAGCCUCAGACCCAGGAGCAGAGGCCCUCAGCAAGAUCAAAGACAACCCAGGAUGGGCCAAGGGAGCUGCAAACUGGCCAGGAGCAAGCACGGCCUAGUGGGGAUUUUGUGGCCUCUGAAGGGCGGCCACAGCCAGCCAUGCAGACCAAGGACCAGCAGAAGAGAUGGCAGAGUGCCGAGGCCAAAGACGUUCAAUCUACUGAGAGCUGCCAGGGAAACACAGAUCAUGAUCUGGGGAAGCCAUGCACCUCAGAUAGCAGGAGUCACCCACAGAAGACUAACUCCCUCAGUGAAGGAGGCCGCCCACAGGCCAGGCUGCAGGAGCCUAUGCCAGCACCUAGCUCAGGGACUCACAAGGACAACCCCCAGGAGGCAGUGCCCCCCAAGCCCAAGGUGACUGCAGAGGAGAAGAAGGCCCCUCCCGUUUUGCCAACUGUACCUCGAACACACAAAGACAGAGGUGAGGCUGUGGAAAGCAAAGCAUCACCGAGGCCUCCUCCUCCUCCUCCUUCUCCUCCUCCUCCUCCUCCUCCAGAGGAGAGAGAUGUUGAGAAGAAGGAGCUGGGCCAAGGGCAGAAGCAACGGCAGCCGGCCUUGGCAGCUGCAGGCACCCAGGGUCCUGGGAACUUCCGACGGGGUUUCAUGAAGUGCCUACUGGAGGUGGAAGAGCAGGAGGAAGCCACCCACAGAAGGACUCUGAAGUCCCGGGCCCUGACAGCCAGGAGGUCCCCCAAGACUGUGACUUCUGUGCCCACCUCAGGCCCCGUCAACAGCUCUGUUCCACCCUUACCUCCGACCCUGCAUGAACCUUCCACCUCAGCUCCAGCCACUGUCCCAUCCUGGGUCAAACCACCAGCCCCUGGGCAAGCCCCCAUCCCUAUGGGGACCCCUAGCUCAGUCCUGCCAACUCCUGCCCAGGACCAGAGCUGGAGAUGGCCAGAGCUCUUGCCCCAGGGCAAUGAGAGAAAUCUCAACUAUGCCAAGACACGGCAGGAGUCGGAAGAGCAUGGCCUCUUCAAACUGUAUCAGAACUGGGAGGAGAGGACUGAGGAGCACCUUACCCUGAAGCAGGAAGAAGCCUUCCGAAGCUACUUCGAUAUCUUCAACGGUCCUGGUGAGGUGGAUGCGCGGAGCCUCAAGAACAUCUUACUCCUAAUCGGCUUCACGUUUACUCCAGCCCAGGUGGAAGAAGCUCUGAUGAGUGCUGAUGUCAAUGGAGAUGGUCAUGUGGAUUUCAAAGACUUUUUGGCUGUGAUGACAGACACCAAGCGCUUCUUCUGCUCUGUGGAACAGAAUGUCCUGAUGGAUAUGUCGCCCCCGAAUCCUUACACACUGUUCUUUGAGAUCCUCUCUUUGCUGGUGGAAAUGCUGGCCCUGCCAGAGGUGGCCCUAGAGGAGAUAACAAAGCUAAAAGGUGAUGGACGGAGGUGAAGGCCCAGCUAAUCUCACAGAGAAGCCUCUGAACCUUGCCCUCUACUUCCUGGCCUGACUGACCAUUCUAUAGUAUUUGCUCAGUCCUAUGGUAGGCUUGUCUUGGGCCUUUUGUGUCUUCACACUGUUUGCAGAGUGGCUGCGCCAGGCUGCAGUCCCACCAUCAGUGAGAACCCAUAGCCUUGCCGGCAUGCUGCCAGCUGUUCUCUUGAGCUUUGCCAUUCUGACUAGGGCAGAAGAUGAAAUCUCAAAGUUGCUUCAAAGUGAAUUUCUCUACUUGCUUAGGAUGAUGGAGACAUUUUGAAGUCUUUCUUAGCCAUUUUUAUUUCCGUUGAGAACUCUGUUUAGAUCCUUGUGUUUUGAGGUCAGUAUAUGUUCUGGUUAUCAGUCACUCCUGUGAGACAGACAGCUGGCAGUCCCUCCCUCUCUGAGGGCUUCCCCUGCUCUCUGCUCUUCCUUGCUCGUGAGGAAGCUUCAGCCAGGAUCAGUGACCGAGGUUAAGACAGAUUCCUUUUUCUCUGUAUAAGCAGCCAGUGCUGUCAGUGGUUGAACCUGAAGAGGUCAGCCAAUGUCACUCAUUUUUGAGAAAACAUCUACAGAACACCAGGGUGGCUAUCCUCCUGUCUGAAUAGACUGUGCUUCUCUACCCUUGGCGUCUCCUGAACUGUUCCUCCUCUUUCUCACCAUCAACGAUCUGAUGUCCAGCAAGGAAUCUGUGGUUCUUUAUGAGCUCAUUUGUGAAGGUGCUUUUUCUUGAGAGCAAAAGACCUUGACAAAACACCCGUGGGCCCUAGGAAGCUGUGAGAGUUAAGGUUAAGACAGGAUCUAUGGGGUUGGGGAUUUAGCUCAGUGGUAGAGCGCUUGCCAAGCAAGCACAAGGCCCUGGGUUCAGUCCUCAGCUCCAGGGGCAGGGAGCAGCAGGGGGUGGGGGUGGGGAGACAGGAUCUGUGUUAUCCCAGCUGGGCUGGAACCUGAGCUCCUCGGUCACUCUCAAGCAUCAGAGAUUAGGGGUAUGCCUCAAUGUGCCCAAUAACCAAUGGCCAAUCAUUUUACGUUUGGCCACGUACGUACGUACGUAAGGUAGUCCAUGCUUUUGAUACUUGUACUCAGAGGCAGUCUACACAGUGUAGUCCAGGGCAGUGGGGCUGUAGAGUGAGACUGUCUCAAAA